CUUUCCCUUCUCUACCAUUUUGUUUCGCAGGCGCAUAAAUUUUUGAAUAUUCCGUCGCCGGAGCCCGAAUAUUCCGUCCAUUGAUAGCUUAUCCGCGUCCCACUCAACUAUCAGCACCCUCUAACGUCUACUUUCCGGCCCUAUCAAUUUUCCGAGCCAUUGUUCGAAACAUCUGAAUUAGGGUUUCGUCCAAUUUCUUCAAGAAUCGGAACUAAGAUUUUGAGCCUUCAUCUGAAUUGAAAGCCGCAAUGUUCACUCCGAAGCGGCAGUGGCAGGGGCCGUCGAGAACGCCCAGGAGUGAAGCGCAUAAGCCAAACCCUACAACCGUCAAGGGCAAAUUGGUGUCGUUUAUUGACGACCCUGCUCCGCCCCCGCCCCCGCCCCCGAGGGGCUUGUUAAUUGACAAUGAGGAUAGAGUUGAGAUGGAGAAUAUGGACGACUGGAGACGCUUUCGAGAGGUGGGGCUGCUGGACGAGGCCGCGAUGGAGAGGCGUGAUCGGGAUGCAUUAAUGGAGAAAGCGCAGAACCUUGAAAGAGAGCUUCACGAUUAUCAGUACAAUAUGGGGUUACUACUGAUUGAGAAUAAAGAGUGGACUUCAAAGCACGAAGAAGUUCAUCAAUCUCUUCUAGAAGUGCAGGAGCUUCUAAAGCGGGAAAAAGCAGCUCACUUGAUUGCAGUUACUCAAGUUGAGGAACGAGAAACAAAUUUGAGAAAAGCAUUGGAGGUUGAGCGACAAUGUGUGGCAGAGCUUGAGAGAUCUCUGCGUGAGAUACAUGCCGAGCAUGAUAAAAUCAAGAUAACGUCUGAUACGAAGCUGGCUGAUGCCAAUCAUUUGGUGGCUGGAAUUCAAGAUAGGUCUUUGGAGGUGCAACAAAGGUUGCUUGCUGCUGAUGCAAAGCUUGCUGAGGCCAGCCGGAAGAGUCUAGAGAUGGAGAGGAAAUUGCAGGAGGUUGAUACGCGCGAAAGUGUUCUUAAAAGGGAGCGCAUGUCCUUCAUAUCCGAGCGGGAUGCCCACGAAGCAACUUUAUUGAAGCAUAAAGAAGAUAUGCGGGAAUGGGAGAGGAAGCUGCAAGAAGCUGAAGAGAGACUUUGUCAGAAUAGGAGACAUAUUAAUGAGAGAGAGGAGAAGUUAGUUGAACUUAAUAGGAUGUUGAAGCAGAGAGAAGGUGAAUUUGUCGAAGAACAGAAGAAGGCCGAGUUGCUAAAUUUAAACCUAAAGAACAAAGAAGACGAGAUCAACAAAAAACUUUCCAAGCUGAUCCAAAAAGAGGAAAAAGCUGAAGCUUUUAGAUCUAAUUUAGAGAUGAAGGAAAAAGAUUUAAGUGCAUUGACUGAGAAGCUGAGUGAGCGAGAGAGAGUGGAGAUUCAGAACCUUGUUGAUGAGCACAGAGCUGCAUUUGAGAUAAAAAAGCAUGACCUUGAAGUAGAACUGGAAGAUAAAAGAAAGUUGCUUGAGGAUGAGCUAAGAGUCAAAACAGAUGAAUUGGUUAAGAAGUCAAACGAAAUUAGCCAUAUGACGGAAAAAUUGAAAAAGCAGGAGCAGGCUCUGGAGAAGAAGUCAGAAAGAGUUAAGGAGAAAGAGAAGGAUUGUGAUGCAAUGUUAAAGGGGCUGAAGGAAAAAGAUAAGACCCUCAAAUUGGAGGAGAAGAAUCUAAACUCAAUUAGACAAGAAAUAGUUUCUGAGAAAGAAACUUUACAGAGUCUCAAAGAUGAGCUUGAGAAGAUGAAAGCUGAGAUUAGUCAGACAGAAUUACAGAUUCGUGAUGAAACAGAGAAGCUUAGAAUUACUGAGGAAGAGAGGGAGAAGCAUAACCAUUUGAUACAGGAACUGAAACAGGAGAUACAGAGGUACAAUCGUCAGAAGGAUUUGCUUUGUAAGGAACGGGAUGAUUUAAAGCUAGACAGGAAGAGAUUUGAGGAAGAGUGGGAGGUACUUGAUGAAAAAAGAGCCGAAGUUACUAGAGAGUUGCAACAACUUGAUGAAGACAAAAAAUCUUUUGAUAAAUUCAAACACUCAUUGGAAAAGAAAUUGGAAGAAGAUAAAAUUGCAACGGAAAACUACAUCAAGAGGGAGAUGGAAACUCUUAGACUUGAGAAAGAAUCAUUUGCUGCCACAAAGAAGCAUGAGCUGUCAAUGUUAUCAGAAAAAGCUCGGCAUGAGCACGAUAAGUUACUUCAUGAUUUUGAGACUCGUAAGAGGGAUCUUGAGGCAGAAAUGCGAGAUAAGCAAGAGGAGUUUGAGAAAUCUCUUCAGGAUAGAGAGAGAGCAUUUGAGGAUAAGAUUGAGAAAGAGCGUUGCAAUAUCAGUCAUUUGAAGAACGUUGCUGAUAAAGAAAUGGAAAAUAUGAGGUCAGAGAGAAGCAGAUUGGAGAAGGACAGAGAAAACAUUGCCCUGAAUAAGAAGCAGUUGGAAGAGCAGCAGCUGGAAAUGCAAAAUGACAUUAAUGACCUUGGUGUUUUAAGUAAAAAACUUAAGUCACAGAGGCAACAAUUUAUCAAUGAGAGAAGCCGUUUCGUUUCUUUUCUUGAAAGGAUAAAGAGUUGUCAAAACUGUGGGGGCAUGGCAAAGGACUACAUGCUAGCUGACAUUCUUAUAACAGAACUGGAUGCAAAUGAGGCUUCUCCUCUUCAGGCAAUGGGAGAACAAGUUCUGGAAAAAGUUGCUUCAUAUGAAAUGAAGGCUAAUAAAACUCCUGGCGAGAAUGAUGAAAAAUCUCCAGAUUCUGGUGGGCGUAUUUCCUGGCUUCUUAAGAAGUGCACUCCGAGAGUCUUCAAGUUGUCUCCGACCAAGAAAGUUGAAAACAUGCCUUCUAAAAACUUGGACCAAGCAUUGUCUGAUACACUGGUCAGUGCUGCUCAAAAUGUUGGUGAACCCAGCAUGCCAGUUGGUGCUGCAACUGAAUCCGAUGCUCCUGAAAUAUGUCGUGCAGCACCAGAAGUUUCAGAAGACUCCAAGCAUUCAGAGAUGCCGAAUCGUCGACGAAAAUCUGCUCGAAAACCAGGGAAUGUAAUCCAUAGAACACGUUCUGUUAAAGCAGUAGUUGAAGAUGCAGAAGCUUUCUUGAGAAGGACAUCAAAAGAUGGUGAGACAAAUAAUGACACCCCUACUUCCAUCAACGAGGAAAGUCGAGGAGAUUCUAGCCUUGCUGGUAAAGGAGCCAGUUCUGUUUGGAGAAAGCGAACUCGUGCAACAUCCUCUAAAAUGAGUGAUGGAGAUGAAAGUGAUGGUCAGUCAGCAAGUGUGAGUGUGGGUGGCCGCAGGAAGAGACAGCAAACGGCUGCUCCAGUGGUACAAGAUGCUGGGAAGUCGCGUUAUAACCUUCGACGUACCCUCCUAAUCAAUACAGAGUAG